AUGACUACAGGGGCAAGCUCAAAGAAGCGGUAUGCAGAAAAGGAAGUUUUCGACUGCUCUGAGGGGAUGGUUCUUCCGACUGGGAGCGGCAAGUUUGAGAGUGGCCUUUUGGGAGCUAUUACGGCUGCAUAUGCUGGACGCUACUGUUUGCAUCUGCGUCCGGAUGACAUCUGGCUGGCCGUAUCUCAGGGAGUCAGUGCGCAUCUACAGGCUGACAAGAACGCAGAGAAGUACAGGAAGACCUUUGUGGACCAUGAAGGGAAGAAGGACAUUCUGGUCGACGUGACUGAUUUCCUGACAGGGAAGAAGACGCUCUUGGAGUGGCCCAAGUGCGUCCAGCUCAUCGUCGACGAGCUGGACGACCUCGUGAAGGGAGAAACCACCAAAGUUAGCGUCAACGACUUCUCCACGACGGACUUCGUCGCCAAAACCUCCAGCCAGAUUGUUCUCAUGGAUUCCAUGAAGCACUACUUCGUCUACAAGAUGGGAAUAGCAGGUUGCGCCAGGCGGAAGUCCGUUCCAGAGUGCGGAAUUCCGUCCGUGACACUGCACGGAAUGCUCGCGGAUUGGGAGGCCCUGACGGAGAAGACGCGCGCGCUGCGCGCGCUGAACAUCGGCCUGGACUGGUGGCUGGACACACUAGAGACGGUCUUAGAGCGCCUGGUGGGUACGUACCGGGGCAACGUGGACCAGGACUGGUGGAGCCGGGUGCUAAGCGCAGAGUCGGGCCAUCAGUCGGGGCCUUCCCCCCAGCAUAUCUCGGGCUGGCUCUGCGCUUUCUUUCCUUAUGAAGAAGUUAAAGGGGUGAUGCGCCGCCGCAAAGCGAUUGACCGGGAGAAUCCCCCGAGCGGGCUCGUGGAGUGCCCGUUCAUCCUGGUUGAUGCGCGGGUGAAACCCGGGGUCCAAACCGACAACCUGCUUGUGGCCGGGAGCUGCGGGGUGUCGGUGACCGAGGACGGAAAAGGGGUUAUGCCGUGCACCGGGUGGCUCGUGAAGACGGACCCGAGCAAUGGGAACAAGUUCGAAGCGGCGAAGAUCGUGGCCGGAGACUACGCAGCAGAUCAAGCCGAGAGAGAGUCUCCCAAGAGACAGGCUUUUGAAUCCGGUUCCGAAACUGAUUCUUCUGAAUAA